CUUCUCUACAUAAAACAUACCUGCUAGCAAAUAUUAGUAAUUAUGAGUAUGUACGUUUUUCUAGUUGUACUCGGAUUUCUUGCCGAAGAAAUUUUGUGUCAUGGUAUUUUCUGGUACCCUCCAAACAGAAGUACCCUCUGGAGGUACAAUAGCAUUGCUCCUAUAAACUAUAACGAUAAUGGCCUUAAUUGCGGAGGAUUCCAUACCCAAUACUAUGUAAAUGGUGGAAAAUGUGGCAUCUGUGGGGAUUCUUACUCGGACUCUCAUCCUCAGAAUAAUGAAAACACUGGCAAAUAUGGAAGAGGAAUAAUAGCUGCGACAUACGAAGCUGGUAGUGUUAUUGAUAUAAAAAUCAAACUCACAGCUAACCAUUUGGGUACAUUUACAUACAGCCUGUGCAAAUUGGAAGACCCUAACGCACCUGAACCUGGUGAACACUGCUUCACACCACUGUUGCUAGCUGAUGGUUCCAGUCAAUACGGCGUCUCAAAAGAUGAAUUUUACAUUGAAAACAAGAUAAAGCUUCCAGAAGAGACUUGUGAACGAUGUGUCCUACGAUGGCAUUACAGAGCAGGUAACAACUGGGGAGAAUGUGGUGAUGGAAGUUCCGGACUGGGAUGUGGACCUCAAGAAACCUUCCGUUCUUGUGCCGAUAUCAGCAUUGUUUAGUUUAAACUCUAUUUUAACCUUGGUUUAAUUAGCUAAUAAUUAGGUUUCAAAUACUCUAUUGGGCAUAUUUUGCUUUUCUGCCACAUCUAAGUACUUUUGUAUUUGUAUGUAAUAAUAUUUAUAAAUAAUUUAAUAAAUA